CCACAUAACGACGUGAACCGUGCACUGGAGCGGAUCGCUUUUUUGCCAGUUACUGUACCGUUUCGUGUCUGUGGCGCGCGUCGUAAUCGUUCGAUUCAGUGCGGUUGGAUUCCUGAGCUGUUUUCGAGCCGAGCUUUUCCAUUUGGGAACGGUGCUAGCCCGGGAAUAACGUAGCGGAACUCGGCGAAAAGCGAAGCCAACAGUACUUCAUACCACCCGGAUAAGUGUGUGCGGAAACAAGAUGUGAGGGGUGUGUGGGGGUGCACUUUCCGGAGGAGACCAACCGUAGUGAAACUUGUUUUUCUGUGGUAUAUACUAGAGAAAAGUUGCGAAUGAAGUGUGUGCAGAGGAGAAAAGGAAGUGAGUGAAAAAUCGCUGCUGCCGUUUCGAGAGUGAAAGUGAUUGUACGCGCAGCGAAAGAGGAAAGGUCAUCUCUGGUUGUUGACUGCGGUUGUCUGUUGCCGUCUUUAUUUAAUCUCUGCAAAAGGGUGUAAAAGAGAGGGAGAGAUUUCGGAAGGAGGGGUGGUGGUGCGCACCAACGAACGGAACAACGAAGACAGUGUGGAAUUUUAUGCAAUACGACAGCAACCCUAUUAGCCAAUUUAAGGGAAAUUCAUCCGCAUAACAUGCGAUCGAGUGCUAGAAAAAUAAACUAAACAAAAGUGACGAUAUGCAAGUUUCGGUCGUGCGUUGAAAUUGCCUUCGAAUCCCAGGUUCUCGGCGAGUUUAAUGGUGUCUGACGAAAAUGAAAUUAUCGAAAAUGGGUUGAUGAAUUUACGUGCCAGGUUGCACGUGUGUCAGUAACUCACUCAUUCGUCGUCUAGAAGUCAGAAGCCAAGUGAUUCCACAGUCAGGUAUUGAUUGUGCUAGCUUCAAUUGGUUUUGCCACGAAGAACAAAAGAAAGAGCGAAAACGAAAAAAAAAACCAGUGCAUAACGUCAUGCAUUAAAAGCAUCAUUAUACUUACUCACAACGACGGCGACCACGAAAAGGAAGUUCUUUGGUUAAUUUGAAGCUAUUACCCAACGAAGGAUAGACAAAUUUGAGGGGCAGACAACGACAGAAACGUCUGUAGGUAUAAGGAAGUUAGAACCGGACCAAGCGAAAACGCCAGAAUGGACGACAAUGAGAACUAUUUGGAGUAUUCCAAAAUGAACUUUUCACAGUUCUCGUCCCCGUUUGGCGGAGCACUGGCAGCAAAUCAGUUUGCGACAGCGAAAUUUCCUCCAAAUCUCACCACAGCCAAUGGACAGGUGCUUGGUUUAGUAUCUGGAGCUGAUGGCGGGAUGCAAUUCCUGCGACCGAUGGACGGAAAUGCGAUGGCAGCCGCGACUGCAUUUCAGCAGCAACAACAGGCAGCAGCAGUGGCUGCUGCGGCGGCUAACAUGCAACAAGCGACACCCGCCUACAUCACCCUGCCGAUAACGAUGCCCGGUGCGAAGCCAGGAGACGCGCAGCAGACGGUACAGAUCCAGGUGCUGAACCCCAAUCCUAUGCCCCAACCGGCCCAGCAAGCUCCAAAGUUUCAAAUGGGACAAAUGCAAAUACCUAUUCAAGGUUUCCAGCAAGGAACCACUGUUCUGACGGUUGCGUACGGACCGCAGGACGAAGAGAUGAUGCACAAUCAUGGUCUUCCGGAGGGAAUGACGAUAGUCGCCGCCUUACAACCCCAAGAUCUGCAAUUGCUAGCACAAGCUCAGAACGCCUCACUGCUCCAACAGCAGCAGCAGCAGCAGCAACAGCAACAACAACAAAUCCAAAAUAACGAUCCACCCAUUCAUCCCGCUAUAAAAAUAGAAAACGACCAACCUCCCCCCAUACGACAAAUAAAACAGGAAGCCGUAUGGAACAGCAUCCCUAAUCUCACAGCAGCUCCAGCCUUCGGUGCCGAUAUUGCGGAAUUUCUGCAGCAACGAAGUCACAGCUUGAACCUGCAACCGUUCCUUAAGAUCAACAAUAACAACAACAACAACGAGCCGACUGUACCUUUAGCGCAUGGCGAUCAUCUGAUCGGAGGGUCCAUACCGAACACGCCCGGAACCACCGCGUUCAUCAAGCGGGAAAUAAUCGAAGAAAACUCCAAUGACAACACACAAUUCGGAGCGGACAGCAGUCAGGCGGAUAGCAGCUUUAAAGACACCAGCAGCGUAUCCGGGGACACCACUAGUAGUACCCUACACGAAGCAACCUCCACACAUACGACGGCGGCGGCCACCUCCACGACGGCACCCGGUGAAAAUGGAACCCCCACAGUUACCGCCAAGGCUCGGAAAAAGCGAAAGUACAAAUCAAAACCACCGAAGCCGAAACGCCAAAAACCGGGACAAGUGCAUAUCACCACCGCCCUGGACGGGACGGUUCUGUUCUGCUGCCCCGAGUGCCACAUGGCCUACCCGGAGAAGGAGUGCCUUGAGCAGCACCUAGCGGUGCACAAGAUCGAGCGGCGGUUCAUCUGUGACAUCUGCGGGGCGGGUCUCAAGCGGAAGGAACACCUGGAGCGGCACAAACUCGGUCACAACCCGGAGCGACCGUACAUCUGUGGCGUGUGCCUGAAGGGAUUCAAGCGGAAGGAGCAUUUGAAUCUGCAUUUCGUGAUUCACAGCGGGGUGAAGACGGAGAUUUGCGGCGACUGUGGAAAAGGCUUCUACCGGAAGGAUCACCUCCGCAAGCACAUAAAAUCGCACAUGACAAAACGGUUGAAGGAGGAAAUGUCCGGCAGUGGUAACAGCUCGACAGGUCGCAACAACAACAACAACAGUAGCAAUGGCAGUAGCAAUCCCGACACGACGACGUCGUCAGGUGCGACGCCGGUGUCGCUAGCUCUGCCGGCAGGAAUACCACCCGGUCUGACAAUAACCACAAGUACAAACUCGAUGCAGAACCUUAACCCGCCUCAGCCUUCCCCUCUCACGCAGGGCAUUUGCCUGCCACAAGGUGUUACAAUACACGUUCCGACAUCGGACAAUCAAACACUACCGGUGCAAAUAUCGCUUCCACAACUGGUCGCUCAACAGCAAACCGCUUCGGACGGUACGACCAGUACCGUCCUAGUGCCAGCAUCUGAGGCCCUGCAGCAGCAACAUCAGCAGUAGCAUUAGCAGCAGCUGAUGGUCGUCGUCGGAUGCUAGUCUGGGCGAUCGUCAGCAUAAACCAAAAACCAUGCAAAGCUAAAAACUUCGAAUACAAAAUCGUGGAACAAUGCCUACAGCCUAUGCUCGAGACCUUCUCGCUCGGUUGGCAAAAGGAAUCGAUCCGAAUACUCAUUUUAUACUAUUUAAUUAGCUAGAACAAUUUUUUGCUCGGUCUCGCGAAACAAAAAAAAAUACAGCACGAGACGCGGGCAGCAUGCAGCAGCGAAUCCCAAAAGUCGUACGAUAGUUGGUCCGCUUUUACCGUUAGCAUAUAUACUGAUAGAAUGUACCUUACUGUUAUUCCGCGCAUCACUACAUGGGGGAAGGCAAAAAAAAGACAUGUUGAUAUCGUUUCUGUAAACACUAAGUUUUGUUCCGGGGUGUCGUCGAUGUUCGGUUUGUGUCCACCUCUCCCCCAACCAAUGAGAUGAGCCGCAAACGAGGUAACAGUAAAACUGUAACUAUAUACCGUAAAGAAUACGAUUGUUGUUUCUUCGUUUUAAAGUAUAUUUUUUCAUAGUAUUUAAUUUUUUACCCUCCAUUAUUUAUUAGGCAGCUGAAAUGUCGUCAGUGGUUAGCAUUAAUUAUCUGUUGUUAUGUCCUUCCCCGCCACACUCACCAAUCGCGCGGUUUUUAAAUCGUAUAUUUAAAUUAUUUAUUGACUCCUUCUUGCAUCGACUUUUAAUAAUAAACACUCAUCGCGCGCACCCAGAUUGUUGAAACUAUUUUCGUACAGCAGAACGCUGAAUACAUUGCACAGGACAAAUAAGGAUGAACACAACACUAUCGAAUCGAGUUUAACUAGUUUUAAGUCACCCUCGGCUGGCUGUACGCGCGAAAGUAUUCUCAGAUACUGUUUGUUGUUGGAACCGAAAAUCAAACAUUUGAGUAGGCAAUUUUCCGCACGCAAACAUUUUUUUCUCAUCUUUGGAACUGUAAAUAGUUGAUAUUUUUCGAUAUUUUCCCGAAAAUGUUGAAGUCAGUCACAGGAAAAGUAUAAUAUUAAAAAAAAAGAUUAUAUUUUUUGAAAA